UUAAAUAUAGGGGUUUUCUAAUUUGAAUUUCCUAAACUUGCUCUUGUUUUGUGUAUGCUGUUUCUUCCAGGACAACAGGGUACAUAUUGGACCAAAAAUGGAAAUUCGGGUUGUCACUCUAGGAUUAGAUGGAGCUGGCAAAACAACUAUUUUGUUUAAGUUAAAGCAAGAUGAAUUCAUGCAGCCAAUUCCAACAAUAGGUUUUAAUGUUGAAACAGUAGAAUACAAGAAUUUGAAGUUUACUAUUUGGGAUGUAGGAGGAAAGCACAAAUUGAGGCCCUUGUGGAAACAUUAUUAUCUCAAUACACAAGCGGUGGUGUUUGUUGUUGAUAGCAGUCACAGAGACCGGGUCAGUGAAGCACACAGUGAACUUGCAAAAUUAUUAACAGAGAAGGAAUUGAGGGAUGCCUUGCUCUUGAUCUUUGCUAAUAAACAGGAUGUAGCAGGUGCGCUUUCAGUGGAAGAAAUCACAGAACUGCUGAGUCUCCACAAACUCUGCUGUGGCCGUAGCUGGUAUAUUCAGGGAUGUGAUGCCCGAAGUGGUACAGGACUUUAUGAAGGACUGGACUGGCUUUCGAGGCAGUUAGUGGCUGCUGGUGUCCUGGAUGUGGCUUAAUUUUACAGCAGCUGCAAUUUAAGGGUGUAGUUUACUGUUUUGUUUUGUUUGCACAGUUUAGGAUGUUGUAGCCAGGUCUGCUGUCUGAAGAGGGGACUUUAUUUAACUUAGUGGUUACAGAAAAAUACAAGCUUUUGUCCUAGAUUGGAUAAUUGGUUCAGUAAACUUGUGCCGUUACAGUGUUUUUGAAAUUUGAUAUAUUUACAAGUAAUGGAAUGGACUUGUUACAAGGGUGCCUUGAAAUUAUUUUUGGUGAAAUGAGGUUGUUACAAUUUAAAAUUCUUCCCUGAUAAAAUAGGCAUUGGAGUUCAUCUAAUAAUUGUAACAAGGUUACAGUAGUUAACUGAUAUCAGAAAAAUUUUGAGUAGUUUAGAAAUACUUUCCCAGGAAACGAUUCCAAAAUCUAUCUCAAGUUAUUAGACUAGCCAGCUGUCUAUUAGUCGGAAAUAAAUGGUGCUACUCUUUAAUAUCUAAAGAAUGCAUUCAUCUAAAGGUGGCAUUGAAAAUUACAUGCAAAUACACCACAAAAAGAAAAUGUUUCCCCCAUUAUUUAUUAGCUUCCCCGUUUGUUACCAGAAGGCAGCAUAACUGGGCAAAGAAAACUGAGAAUGGGGAAUGGUGUUGCAGGGCUAGGGGGCUGUGGCGUUGUUUAGCUAGUCGUUUUCUAGCUGGGGGAGGUGUUAGUUGGGUGUUUUUUGUUAAUUGUACACCUGCUAAAUUAUUUAUGGACAGACUAUAGUGAUAGUGAGGUGAAAGUGUUUUGUGCAUGCUUGAGGACAUAAUCUGCCUUUAGAGAUUAAUCUUACUCCUCAAGAGGUCAAAUGAAGUUUAAAAAAAACCACAAAACUUCUUAAAGAAGUAGUGUGGUGUCAUGUCAAUCCAGCUAUGUACUCUUAUGUAGAAGUCAUGCUACCAGAUUAAGGUAGUGGCCUUAAAAUAUUAAAUAACAAUGUAAAAGCAGUGUACGCUAAUUAUAUAACUCUUACUUAGAAGAGCAGAUGGUAAAACGUGAUAUAAACUUUCCAUAAUUAGAUUUUCAAUUCUUACUGUAUCUUCUACAUGGAACUGUCACCAAUGCCUCUAUUUUCAAAGGUUGCUCAUUCACAAACCGAUGAAAUAUGGGUGUAGUGCUGUUUAAAUUUAGAGAAGGUUGCAACGACUUUGUGAUGUCUCUUUUUCUGCUGCGCAUGCAACUCUGCUAACAAUUUUAUCUGUCUGGUAUGCACACCAGAAUCUUCUGCCCUCCUCUUUAAGUACACAGCCAUUGCCAAUUGUAGAAGCCAUGUCAUGGACCUCUUCAUGUCGUCAGAGGAGCUACGAAGAGCAUGGCCAAUAGGUCAAAACUGCAUAUCAUCACUUUUCUUACUGGAGUAGAGGUGCAUCGGGAGAACCAGACAGUGGAAGUGAGCAGUGUUGUUUCACAGAUGGGUAGAUAUUUUUGCCACACUGAAAAGCAUGUUUACCUGUGAGAGCUCUAAACCUCACCUGGCAAAGAAAAUGUAUCCCAUUAUCUGUGGCUAUGGCUUUUAUUGUAAUAUUAUCAAUUUUACAAUGUUUUCCCACUACAUACCUUAAGUAAAGCCAAGAAUGUAUAAACAAAUAAUUUAGUACAUUUGCACUUCUCUUCAAGAGGAAGCUGGUAAGGUAACUACUUCCUCAUAAUGAUACUUACUUGUUGUUUUCUCUUUUACUUAAAUUUCAUGUAAAUGGUAUUAAACAGAGCUUCAGAUUCAGCAAGUCUAAUGACUUGCAUAGCAGCUGAAAGAACACUAAGCUUUGAAGUAGUUAAACGUUUGUGAAAUGGGCUUUAAUGCCUACGUAUGUACAUAGGUACUGAGAAGGGGUAUCUACUCUUUCUUCAGAAAACCCGAUACAUUUGGAAAUGGUUUACAACGGAAUGAAAGGUGUUUUCUUGCACCUAUUGAACUAAAAAUUGUUCAUCCUUCCCAGCCUGUAACUUCUUGCACAGUAGACAGUUGGCUGCUCUGACUUGAGCAUCUGCUUAGCGUGCACAGCAGAGCAGUGCCAGACCUAGUUAGGGCCGACUGUCCCUUCAUAGCUCUUUUUAAAAUAUGAACAAGUUCUGCUAAGCAUGGUAGAUACCUUUUCCUGGAAUAUUUUUAACAGAGAAGACAUGCAUUCUUUAGAAAAAUCCCGAUUCUGUAAUUUUGUUUUAACUGGCUUAUGCUUCAGUUAUACAUCCCUCUCAGUAUAGUUCUACUUCUACGUUAAAAUGUUCGAGGUGACCAGCUUGGAUUUUUUGUAACAUUACAUUUGAGGGCAGAGGAAAAAUUCUCAUUCAAGCGUAUUUUUUAGUACAAAGGAUUGCUUGUGACACAUGGAAUGCUACCAUAAAAGUGUUUUUAAAUGGAAUUUAUUUAAGAUUACUUGAAGUAACUGUGAAAGUUGCAUUCGUCUGUGAACUCUUCAGUGUAAACAGGUACACUAAGAGGUUUAUUCGUAUUAUAAAUUAAUACUACCUAUGAACUGCUUCAGUUAUAAAUUUAAGCUUGUUUCACCAGUUUUACUGAACUUUAGUUUUUAGUGUACUGACUUAGGCAAUAUGUAAUUGGAAUAUUUCCUUAACUAGAACUCACUCAAGCAUUACUAACUAUGAGGAUUAUUUGAAAAGACUGAAUAACUUUCCAUAGGAUUUUGACUUAAUUGUGAAAUUGAGUAAAUACAACAUCCAGUGACUUGUGUUGUGGCUUUCUUUAAAGAAUCUCAGCUCAAAAAUAGUAUGUCUAGGCUAACUGAAAAACAAUGUUUUAUCACUUGGUAUGGUCUUACAGUAUGCUACCUUCAAAUUUAUUGUGGACUAUGUGGUACAUGAGGGUUUUAUUCUGAGAUAGUUCUUACUCUGAACUGUUGGAGUAGGUGUGGAUGUUAUGUAAAGAUUUCUUGAAAGAAAGGGCUCUUUUAGUGGAAACAAUUCAUGAGCUGCUGCAAUUUGAGUCACCCAGAAAAUUAAUUCUUUUCAAUAAAAGCAUCUAAAACUUUGAGAAUGAA